CCGGGGCCGAUACGCAUGCGCGGCCGAUCUGCACAUGCGCAAUACUCGCGCUGCCGCAGCCGUCGCUGCCAGGCUGAGGUGGCAGCAGGGGGCAGGACGCGCAGCGCUAUGGCCGAGGGCAGCGGGGAAGUGGUCGCAGUGUCUGCGGCCGGGGCUGCCAACGGCCUCAACAAUGGGGCAGGCGGGAUCUCGGCGACGACCAGCAACCCGCUGUCGCGCAAGCUGCAUAAGAUCCUGGAGACGCGACUGGACAACGAUAAGGAGAUGUUAGAAGCUCUCAAGGCACUUUCAGCCUUUUUUGUUGAAAAUAGUCUGCGGACUCGAAGAAAUUUACGUGGAGAUAUUGAACGUAGAAGUUUAGCCAUCAAUGAAGAAUUUGUAAGCAUUUUCAAGGAAGUGAAGGAGGAACUUGAAAGCAUAAGCGAAGAUGUUCAAGCAAUGAGCAACUGUUGUCAAGAUAUGACAAGUCGACUACAGGCAGCAAAGGAACAGACUCAAGAUUUAAUAGUAAAAACCACUAAGCUUCAAUCUGAAAGCCAAAAAUUAGAGAUAAGAGCACAAGUUGCAGAUGCCUUCUUAUCCAAGUUCCAACUAACUUCUGGUGAAAUGAAUCUUCUCCGAGGUACGAGAGAAGGACCCAUUACUGAGGAUUUUUUCAAGGCACUGGGAAGAGUAAAACAGAUUCAUAAUGAUGUCAAAGUUCUCUUGCGUACAAAUCAACAAACGGCAGGUUUAGAAAUUAUGGAACAGAUGGCCUUACUUCAAGAAACGGCUUAUGAAAGACUUUACCGAUGGGCUCAAAGUGAAUGCAGAACAUUGACACAAGAAUCAUGUGACGUAUCUCCAGUAUUGACACAGGCAAUGGAAGCCCUGCAGGACAGACCUGUCUUAUAUAAAUAUACCUUAGAUGAAUUUGGAACAGCCAGAAGAAGUACAGUUGUUCGUGGAUUUAUUGAUGCGCUCACAAGAGGGGGCCCCGGAGGUACACCUAGACCAAUUGAAAUGCAUUCUCAUGACCCUUUGAGGUAUGUAGGAGAUAUGUUGGCUUGGCUCCAUCAAGCUACUGCUUCUGAAAAGGAACACCUUGAAGCUCUCUUAAAGCAUGUAACUACACAAGGUGUUGAAGAAAAUAUUCAAGAAGUUGUUGGGCAUAUCACUGAAGGUGUGUGCAGGCCUCUAAAGGUUCGAAUUGAGCAAGUAAUAGUUGCUGAACCUGGGGCAGUUUUAUUAUAUAAAAUUUCUAAUCUCCUCAAAUUUUAUCACCAUACAAUCAGUGGUAUUGUUGGAAAUAGUGCAACUACAUUAUUGACUACCAUUGAAGAAAUGCAUUUGCUAAGCAAAAAAAUAUUCUUCAAUAGCUUGAGUCUUCAUGCAAGUAAAUUAAUGGACAAGGUUGAACUCCCACCACCUGAUCUUGGACCAAGUUCUGCACUAAAUCAGACACUCAUGUUGCUGCGUGAAGUUUUAGCAUCUCACGAUUCUUCAGUUGUACCAUUAGAUGCUCGUCAAGCUGAUUUUGUGCAGGUUUUAUCAUGUGUCUUGGAUCCUCUCCUACAGAUGUGUACUGUAUCAGCCAGCAAUUUAGGCACAGCUGACAUGGCCACUUUCAUGGUCAAUUCACUAUAUAUGAUGAAGACAACAUUAGCUCUAUUUGAAUUCACUGACAGACGUCUAGAAAUGCUACAGUUUCAGAUCGAAGCACAUUUGGACACACUUAUAAAUGAGCAAGCCUCUUAUGUUUUAACUAGGGUAGGCUUGAGUUACAUCUAUAACACUGUACAGCAACAUAAACCUGAACAGGGCUGUUUAGCUAAUAUGCCCAACCUAGAUUCUGUGACACUGAAGGCUGCAAUGGUUCAGUUUGAUCGUUAUCUGUCAGCCCCAGACAACCUAUUAAUACCACAGCUGAACUUUCUUCUAAGUGCCACAGUGAAAACUACAGCAGAAAAUAGAGCAAAGAAGCAGCUUUUUAAUUCACCAUGCAGAAUUUGGUAUCAAUUAGAAUUGGCUGGAAAUCGAUGGACCAUUUUUUUUUUCUCAGACACAGAGUUAGGAAAGUUCCUUUUUAGAGAGCAGAUCGUAAAACAAUCUACAGAAUUAGUUUGCAGAGCCUAUCAAGAAGUGUAUGCAGCUGUGAUGAAUCCAAUCAAUGAAUACAAAGAUCCAGAGAACAUUCUUCACCGAUCUCCGCAGCAAGUGCAGACGCUUCUUUCCUGAUUAUCUUAUUUCAUUGUGUUAGCAAAAUAUGACCUCCCUAAAACACAUAAGGUUAUUUUUUAUUCUUUGAAUUUUUACUUUAUAAUUUGAUAGUUACAGUUUUCUUUGUAUCAUAAGAUUGUAAGUCCCGAUAAUUUUUUUUUUUUUUUGGUCUCAGUAACAGGGAAGUAAGUAACAUAUUGACCUGAGCUAGUAUUGCUGUGUAUCUAUUCUAAAUGAGAUGAUAUAUUUUUUUGCUAGCCAUCUCUCCAGCUCUGCAGUUUUCACUGUAUUCAGGAAGCAUAAAGUAGUAUGAAAGGUUUGAAGAAUUUUUUUUUACAAGACUAGUUCUAAAUUAACAGCAUAUAAAAAAUUUGUCAAAAUUUAAGAAUUAGUAUAAGGAUAUGACCUAAUAAAUGUCUCCUUACCUAAAGAUUCAUUUGCUUUCUUAUUAAUAUGAGUAGGCAUGCUUAGUUUUUUUGAACCUAGCCUAUGUCUCUGUCCCCAAAAUAGCUGCCCUUAAAGAGUUGUUAGAAGAGAGAAAAAUAACAGUGAAUUGUGCUCCUGGUGUAUAUGGCAGUGAAUCUCCUUUCUGUUCUACUUUGGCGUACUAUAUGUAUUUGACUGUGUACAUUUUUAUGCAAUUUUAAAUAUACACUCAGCAAUAAUUAGAAAAAAAGGGAAGAGAAAAGUGAUUUAAACAGGGUAGAUUCCACUCUGUGGGAGCCUUUGAUGGAACUCAAGGUGGAGCUCGGGUCCUAAAUCCAACUAACUACACAUUUUAUCUGGUGUUCAAACCAAAGAAACAAUGAUCUACUCAAACAUUGGAGAAAAAAACUGCCAGAGGAGGAGUUGCCAAUUGGCAGUGUGUCUUAUCCCCAUGUUGUAACUGGACUCUGAUUUUAGACCAUUACCUAUUAGGAAGAUUCAAAAUGACUGUAUUUUUAAAGGAAUAAAUCCCAGUGUGCCUGAUUUUACAUUCUUGUCAGCAAAAAAAACUUAAUUUCUAGUAAAUCUAUAAAAACAGGUAAGUCCCUAAAUUACAAAUGAGAAAAUUGAAGCACAAGGAAAAAAAUAACUAGUUUGAAAUAUUUUGAAAAGUAAUAACAUAAAACUAGUAUUUGUAGAAGAUUGUGUGUUGUAUAUAACAAAUUAGUAUUUAUAGAAUAUGACCUAUUUAUCUGAAGUUUAUAAUUGUUUAUACCUAAUACAAUUCUUUUUGGAGUAAGAAUGAUUAUAUAAUCAUUAUCCAUUUGGGUAUAAAUCUGUAUUUUUAGUUUUUUCCCUUCGAUUAGUAUGUGUUAUAUAUAAAAGACAAAAAAUAAAGUAUAAAUCAAGAGCUUAAA